AUGGCCCCUGUCUUACGUCAAAUCCCUGGUCUAGGUGAAAUCUCCACAGAAAUUACCUAUUUCGACGACUCUGUUGCACAAUUUCGAGGGAUUCAGUAUGGUGUUGUCCCACAGAGAUUCCAGCAGCCCAGACUUCUCGAGGUGUGGGAAGAUGGCCGAUUCGAGGCCAGCAAAUUCGGCUUUCGAUUGGGUGCUUUUGGGUUCAUGGCAUCUGAUGAUAUCUUAAGAGAUAACCAGAGCACGGGAGACAAAGGUGUUGGUAACUACGCUCUGCAUGACCAGUAUAUGGCAAUGCUCUGGGUUAAGAAAUAUAUUCGCGGCUUUGGUGGCGAUGCGGAGAGAAUCACCGCAGUUGGCCAAAGCUCUGGCGCCAGCGACCUUCACAUUCUAAUGAUGUCCCCCCUGCUUCGAUCUCAACAGUUGUUACAGCAGGCUAUUGUUAUAUCAGGAAAUUCUGUCAUCGCGAGUCGGGAGCUAGAUCAUCAGCAGCAUAUUUACGACAAAUUCCUCGAACACCUCGGAAUCUCGACAAACCUGCCAUCAAAUCAGAGGCUGGAAAGGCUCCGCUCGAUCAAGCAGGAAGAUCUUGUGUCCGCCUAUAUUUGCCUAGGAAGCCCUUUGCCUAACUGGCAAGCAACGGUUGACGGAGUUGUUCUUGAAGCGUUGCCCACAUGUGAUGGACUUGCUAACCAAGUCUAUGCUCCGUCAAUUAAACGAAUCAUGGUUGGAUUUUGUGAACAAGAGGGAAUCCUAUGGGGCGGGCGCAUCAGACAGAAACAAUGGACCGUGCCCAGGAUAAUUGAUAGAAUGGCCACCCACUACGACCCUCGAGAGACCUAUGACAUCCUUCAACAGUACGAGAUCACGGAUGACGGCCAGGAUAGCGAGCUUGUUCCCAAACUUGCUGAUUUCUGCGGCGGGGUGGAGUUUAGGCAGCCUCUAUAUGAGUUGGUCAACAAUUGGAAGCAAGGAGACGCCUACCUCUACCGGAUGCGUUUUAUCAACCAUUUUGAUGGCAUGUUUAGCGGUAGGGCCCACCACGGUGUGGAUCUACUGUUUUUCUUCCAAACGUAUAAUCAUCUCCUGUCCAAGGAGUAUGCAGCAGCAGCGGAGGAGAUGGGAAAACACUUCGUCGAAUUCCUUGAUGGAGUUUCGCCAUGGGCACCUUUCACAGAAACCAAUGCUGUCAUGAACUACGGCCCGGACCAUGUGAAGUCACAAAGCCUUGAAGAAGGCCAGUACAGGCAGUUUCAGCCAUUGAAUGGGCGAAAGGACUGGUUUCAUAAAUGCACAUCGACUAGCAGGGCGGUUAGAAACGAAACCAUCUAUAGAAGAGGUGGAGAAUAG